AUGGCGCAAGUCAUUGUGAAUUCAACGCAAAGUGUUCUUCGGGAUACCUAUGACUAUUAUCUGUGGACUCUAUCACUGUCUGACAAACGGACAGAAGGAUGGCCGCUAGUCGAUUCCCCACUACCCACAGCCGUAUACACACUACUAUAUUUAUUCAUAGUGUGGAUCGGGCCUAAAAUAAUGAAGAACCGACGGCCUUUCCAGCUCACUUGGCUGUUGGUGCCCUAUAACCUAGCCAUGGCCGCUUUGAACGCAUACAUCGCGUUACGACUUCUAACGGCGUCGUUUAGACUUCGGUAUAGCUAUAUUUGUGAGCCAUGCAGGCAGAGAUAUGAUCCGGACGAAUUGCAGAUAGCAGAUGCAGUUUGGUGGUACUACUUCUCGAAACUUCUAGAGUUCUGCGACACAUUCUUCUUUAUACUAAGAAAGAAGGACGAGCAGUUGACCUUUUUGCACGUAUAUCAUCAUUCCACUAUGUUCUCCUUCUGGUGGAUCGGAAUCAAAUGGGUGCCCAGUGGAUCUACGUUCCUGCCAGCUAUGGUUAACAGCGGAAUCCACGUCCUAAUGUACACAUACUAUGGCCUAUCUGUGUUUGGACCUGCUGUGAGCCAGUACCUCUGGUGGAAGAAGUAUCUCACCAUCUUACAGCUGAUCCAGUUCACCUGCGCUCUCGUUCUUGGCAUCAACGGCAUCAGGACUGGCUGCGAGUUUCCUUUGUGGAUGCACUACGUCCUCAUCAUCUACAUGAUCUCCUUUAUCGUACUCUUCGGAAACUUCUACAUGAAGGCAUAUCUUGCUAAGGGAAGCAAGUGCAUGGAAGUGAGAUACGGACAAUGCUUAGACGACGAAGAAACAAUUCAGAAAAGGAAAUUGAAAAACAACUGA